UGAAAAUGGCUAUGAAGAGUUAUGUCAAAACAAGGAUCGAGGAAGAAAUUUACCGGAAGCUUGAUAUUAAGCACUUCUCUUCUUCUACAAACACACUUCACAUUGCAGAUUUGGGCUGUUCAGUUGGACCGGAAACAUAUUCAGCAAUGCAAGACAUAGUAGAGGUCAUAGAGUUUAAGUACAUUUCUGAAGGUCUAAUAGCUCAAAUCCCAGAAUUUCUAGUGUUCUUCAAUGAUUUCGUUUCCAAUGAUUUCAAUACUCUGUUUUCUUCUCUCCCUCCCAACAAACGGUACUUUGCGGCGGGUGUAGCUGGUUCGUUUUAUCAACGUUUGUUCGCGGCGGGAUUUCUCCAUUUUGUGUACUCAUCUCAUUCUCUCCAAUAUCUCUCUAAGGUUCCAGAAGAGGUGGUAGACAAGGACUCUCCUGCAUGGAACAAGGGGAAGGUUUUUUACACUAGUGCCCAAAAGGCAGUAGUAGUGGCUUAUUCAGCUCAAUAUGGAGAGGACAUGGAGUCAUUUUUGUGUGCUAGAGCAGAAGAACUUGUGCGUGGUGGGAUGAUGGUCCUUCUCAUGCCAGGCCUCUCAGAUGGAACCUCUUAUUCUAAAUGCUCUCACUGUAUGCUAUAUGACCUUCUAGGAUCUUGCCUCAUGGAUAUGGCUCAGAUGGAAUUAGUGAGUGAAGAGAAAGUGGAUUCUUUCAAUUACCCUAUAUACAUUGCAUCUCCAAAGGAGUUGGAGGGGUUGGUGAAGAAGAAUGGAUGUUUCAGCAUUGAGAGGAUUGAGAUGGUGAGUCGGUUGACAGAGGAAGAAGAACCGCCCGAUGUAGAAGUGUUUACAAUGCAUUUAAGAGAUGGAAUGCAAGGACCCAUUAAGGAACAUUUUGGAUCUGAGAUCCUAGAGGAGUUGUUCGACAGGUUCUCUCAGAAAAUUGCAGAGUCUUCUUCCCAUCUCAUAGAAGAAAGCUACAAGAAACCAAAUCAAUUAUUUGUGAUUCUAAAGCGUAAAGCGCAAGCUGGCUGAUUGAUUAGAUGAUGCUCUGGUCACACCG